AUGACAUUAGGAACUGGAAAACUGUCAUGGAGAUUGGUUGAGAUUGAUCGAGUGCUGCAUUAUACUCCAUCAUCGGUACGUCGUUAUAAAACAUAUGAUGAGAUAUGCAUCAAUGGUGUUGUAUAUUAUCCAUUUGCUAGAAGAGAUAGAAAGACUUAUAUUAUAGUUUGCUUUGACGUGAGGUCUGAGAAGUUGAGCUUUAUUAAAGUCAAGGAAGCUCUCUGUGAAGCAGUGCUUUGUGGAACACUGAUAAACUACAAUGGUAAAUUAGGUUUACUUCUGUGUAAAGAGCCUUAUGUACUUCAUAAAAGAAGUAGAAGUUUUAAAUUGUGGGUUCUUGAAGAUCUUGAAAAACAGAGUUGGUCUGAGCAUUUAUACUUAUUACCCGCUUUGUGGGAGAAUGUAGUUGGAGAUGCCUUGUUAAGAUUUGUUGGAGCAACCCUGACAAAUGAGAUUGUGUUCUCGUCGUCGAACUGUCCAUACGGACGUUUCUACCUUUUCUACUUAAAUAUCGAGAGGAACAGUAUCGUAAGAGUUGAAGGCCAAGGAAUGGAUGUGUCUAAGGGUGAUAGAGUACUUUGCACCUCUCUAGACCAUGUAGAGGAUGUGAAGCUUAUGUAA